UUUCGUUCACUGCACUAGUUUCUAGUAGAGAUAAGUUUGAUACUGGUACAUACUUUGAGGUAGUUUACAUGUUUUAUGCUGUGUCCCCUUUUUAUAGGCGUCGUCGCAAAGCAACUUUACAGAGACAUUAGAGAAACGCUCGCGUUUUUACCUGCAGAGAGCGGUAGUGAGUGAGCUGCAUUAUUGAAACGGAUUUUCUUCACUGAUUACACAUCGAAUCGUUUUGUGUCCAUAGGAGAGCACAUGAGCUGCAGGCUAAAAUAUGAUGACAAUUCCCAGCAGCUGCACUACGCUGUCCUGCCCUACGGUUAAGUUGUCGAAUGGACUGAACAUUCCCAUUCUGGGUUUAGGGACAUCUCAUGAUGGAGGGUACAGUCAUGAAGCGAUGCUUUAUGCUCUACAGGAGUGUGGCAUAAGACAUAUAGACACAGCCAAGCGUUAUGGCUGUGAAGAGGCUUUGGGGAAAGCUGUGGCUGAUAGUGCUGUACCACGAGAGGAGCUCUGGCUCACCACCAAACUAUGGCCUGGAGAUUACGGCUACCAGAGCGCCAAACAAGCCUGCCGAGCCUCGUGUGCCAGGCUGGGGGUGGAUUAUUUAGACCUGUAUCUGAUGCACUGGCCUGACUGCAUGGUUCCAGGUCUCUCCAGUCGUGAGGUUCGAGCGGAGACGUGGAGAGCUCUGGAGGAGCUUUAUGAUGAAGGUUUGUGUCGUUCCAUUGGAGUGAGUAACUUUCUCAUCCGUCACUUGAACGAGUUGAAGGAUCAUGGUGGAAUUGUGCCUCAUGUUAACCAGGUGGAGUUUCAUCCCUUCCAGCAGCCCCUGGAGCUGGUUGAAUAUUGCCGGAAGGAGGAUAUCGUUUUUGAAGGCUACUGUCCUUUGGCCAAAGGUCAAGCACUCACUCACCCAGCAAUCAUGGAGCUCGCCCAUAAAUACGGCCGCAGCGCGUCACAAAUAUGCAUCCGCUGGAGUAUUCAGAAUGGAGUUGUCACAAUUCCAAAGUCCACCAAACCAGACAGGAUCCAUGAAAACUGCCAAGUGUUUGGGUUCAGGUUGGACGAUUCAGACAUGGCAGCUCUGAGUUUGUUGCAUGAUGGGAGACAUGUGAGCUGGGACCCAACUCAUGUGGAAUGACCAAAUCUCCAAGAAAACCACCUUUUCAGGUAUUUGGAUUCACACUAACAGCAGAAGACAUGGACCAAAUUAGAGGUUUACACACCAAUCAGAAGCUGAUUCAUCUCACUCAUCCAAUCUGGAAAGGAUAACCUGGCAAUCAAAAUACAAGAGGUUUGUUUUUAGGACACUGUCAGGUCCUGAUCUCAAUGUGAAAGGAAAGGUCAUUUGUGAAAGUGAUGAAUUCAACGCAGUCAGUGAUUUGAAUGCUGCUGCUGUAACAUGUGCCUUUUAAAAUGACAAAGCAAAUGUGGUAUUAAUUCACGUUGAAGGACUAUUAUUUGUGCAAUUGUCUAAAUAUUUAUAGUAACAUCAGUAGAGGGAGUACAGGGUACAGAAUUUUUUGCCUCAAAUAUCUUUUGACAUAUUAACAGUCAUUACCUGUGCCAAAUAAAUUUAUAACCAUUAUAUAUAUAUAUAUUUAUUUAUAUAUAUAUAUAUAAAUAUAAAUAUAAGAAUACUAGUUAGUACACUUCGUAUCCUCAAACACUAGACAUGGACAAACUUUUUUUUUUCCCUUAAUGUAAAACUAGGUGAACAAGCAAGAUUUGAUGAUAUUGAAGUCUACUCAUUCUCUAUUUUAAACUCAAAGAUUUAUGAAAUUGUUAAAAAUAAGAAUAAAGUGUUGAUCUGUG